UGUCGCAGGGCGUGUCACGAGGUGACUUGGGGCGGGCUGAGGGCGGGCGGGAGGGAGCGACGAAGGGCGUGCGGGCUGUCGCUCCGGGCACCCCUCCCCCGCCGCAGUCGGCGGACCUUUCCCCGGAGAAGAUGGCGGAUCGGGCGGAGAUGUUUUCUCUUUCCACCUUUCACUCGCUGUCGCCGCCAGGCUGCAGGCCUCCACAGGACAUAAGUCUGGAAGAAUUUGAUGAUGAAGAUCUGUCUGAGAUCACCGACGACUGUGGUCUGGGCCUCAGCUACGACUCAGACCACUGCGAGAAGGACAGCCUUUCCCUGGGGCGCUCGGAGCAGCCGCACCCCAUCUGCUCCUUCCAGGAUGACUUCCAGGAGUUUGAGAUGAUCGAUGACAACGAAGAGGACGAGGACGACGAGGAGGAAGCAGAGGGGGAGGGCGAGGAGGGGGGAGGCCCUGGCUCAGCAGCCCGCGCCCGGCAGCCCCUGAUCCCCUCGCCCUCCCUGGAGGAGCCGCACAAGCACCGGCCCACCACGCUCCACCUGACGACACUGGGAGCCCAGGACUCCCGGAACAACAAUGGAGGGUUUGCUCCAGGGCCUCCAGCCUCCAGGCAGGAAACAGUGCUGUGCCCACCCGCCCAGGAGCCCCUCAGAGAGCCGCCCGCCCCCCUCCCGCCCACGGACAGAAGCCCCUGCGGGGCGCAGUCACCUGUGCAUCCAGGUUGCGACUCCGAAGGCAACCAGCCCGCGAGGCCCCUGGCGCCAGGUGGGGCCUCGCCCUCCUCGGAUCCGGGCAUCGAGGCCGACCUGGGGAGCGGGUCCAGCGGAGGCCGCGGGGGUCGGCGCAGCAGCCAGGAGCUGUCGUCGCCGGGCUCCGACUCCGAGGACGCGGGCGGCGCGCGCCUGGGGCGCAUGAUUUCCUCCAUCUCAGAGACAGAGCUGGAGCGGAGCAGCGACGACGGCGGCAGCAGCAGCGGCCGCUCCUCGCACCUCACCAACUCCAUCGAGGAGGCCUCGUCGCCGGCCUCGGAGCCCGAGCCCGAGCCGCCGUGCGAGCACCCGCGCCGCCCCGCCUUCCUGCCCGUGGGCCCCGACGACACCAACAGCGAGUACGAGUCAGGGUCCGAGUCUGAGCCGGACCUCAGCGAGGACGCCGACUCGCCCUGGCUGCUCAGCAACCUCGUGAGCCGCAUGAUCUCCGAGGGCUCCUCGCCCAUCCGCUGCCCUGGCCAGUGCCUGUCUCCCGCGCCGCGUCCUGCCGGGGAGUGUGUGUCGCCCGCCGGCGAGGCCCCCGAGGCGGCGGCGGGGCCGGGCGUGGAGCUGGUGGACAUGGAGACGCUGUGUGGGCCGCCGCCCCCCGAGCCCUCCGCCCCUCGGCCCGGCCCCGCGCAGCCCGGGCCCUGCCUCUUCCUCAGCAACCCCACGCGCGACACCAUCACGCCCCUGUGGGCCGCUCCGGGUCGCCCUGCCCGCCCGGGCCGCGCCUGCUCUGCCGCCUGCUCGGAGGAGGACGACGAGGAUGAAGAGGGGGAAGACGAAGCCGAGCCCGAGGCAGCGCCCCCCGGGGGCCGGGGCAAGGGCGCCGCGGCGCCGGACGCCUCGCUGGUGUACGAUGCGGUCAAGUACACGCUGGUGGUGGACGAGCACACGCAGCUGGAGCUGGUGAGCCUGCGGCGCUGCGCGCGCCUGGGCGAAGACAGCGGGGACAGCGGUGGCGAGGCCAGCGAGGAAGAGGCGGGAGCCACACCGCUGGGCCGUGAUCGGGGCCCCGGGGCUGCCUCCCCGGACAGCCCUGACCUCACCUUCUCCAAGAAGUUCCUCAAUGUCUUUGUCAACAGCACCUCCCGAUCUUCCAGCACCGAGUCUUUCGGCCUUUUUUCCUGCCUGGUCAAUGGCGAGGAGAGAGAGCAAACCCAUCGGGCUGUCUUCAGGUUCAUUCCCCGCCAUCCCGACGAGCUUGAGCUGGAUGUGGACGACCCGGUCCUGGUGGAGGCCGAGGAGGACGACUUCUGGUUCCGUGGCUUCAACAUGCGCACGGGGGAGCGUGGCGUCUUCCCCGCCUUCUAUGCCCACGCGGUGCCCGGCCCGGCCAAGGACCUGCUGGGGAGCAAGCGGGGUCCCUGCUGGGUGGAGCGCUUUGACGUGCAGUUCCUGGGCUCCGUGGAGGUGCCCUGUCACCAGGGCAAUGGCAUCCUGUGUGCGGCCAUGCAGAAGAUCGCCACUGCCCGGAAACUGACUGUCCACCUGCGCCCUCCUGCCUCCUGUGACCUUGAGAUUUCUCUUCGGGGCGUCAAGCUGAGUCUAAGUGGAGGACCUGAGUUCCAGCACUGCAGCCACUUCUUCCAGAUGAAGAACAUCUCGUUCUGCGGCUGCCACCCCCGCAACAGCUGCUAUUUUGGCUUCAUCACCAAGCACCCGCUGCUGAGCCGUUUUGCCUGCCACGUUUUCGUCUCCCAGGAGUCGAUGAGGCCCGUGGCCCAGAGUGUGGGCCGCGCCUUCCUGGAGUACUACCAGCGGCACCUGGAGUACGCCUGCCCCACAGAGGACAUCUACCUGGAGUAG